UGGUAAGAUAAAAUACCUAACUGCGGGAAAGAUUUCAGUAUGUUAUACACUUUGGUCGCGUCAACAGCACUGGUUUAAUAAUUGUCAACACAAAAUCGUGCGCUGAUAAGAGUUCCGACAGGCACGCAACGCGCAAGUGCAAGUUUUUCUUCUAGAAAAUUUAAAAGAGGAAAUCGAAAUGCAACGCGAAUGGAAUCAAUUGGUUGUUCACAAGUACCCACCAAAGAUACUUCAAACCAAACUGCAGUUACCGAUAAAAACUUUAACGAGCCCCGGGCCGACUAAUUGUUCGAAGCGAGUUCUUCAAUCUCUUCAGAAUCAAAUUAUAGGCCACCUUCAUCCGGAAAUUUGUCAGUUGAUGGAUGAGAUUAAGGAAGGUCUACAAUACGUAUUUCAAACUAAUAAUAGACUCACUUUGGCGUUAAGUGCGUCAGGUCAUGGCGGUAUGGAGGCGUGCUUAACAAAUUUACUCGAACCUGGAGAAACUGUGCUCAUUGUCAAGCAUGGAAUUUGGGGUAAAAGAGCGGCUGACAUGGCUACUCGAAUUGGUGCAAAUGUAAAACUGAUAGAAAAAGAACACACUAUUGCUGUUACGUUGAAACAAUUGGAAACAGCUUUGCAAGUGUACAAUCCAGUCGCGGUAUUCAUGGUACAAGCUGAAUCCUCCACUGGUUUAAAACAACCAUUAGAAGGGUUUGGCGAUCUUGUUCACAGAUACAAUGCUCUUCUUAUCGUUGAUACUGUUGCGUCACUGUGCGGAGAACCGUUCUUUAUGGACUCUUGGGGCAUCGAUGCAGCUUACUCAGGCAGUCAAAAAGUUAUCGGCGCCCCUCCAGGAUUAACACCUAUUUCGUUUAGUCCACGAGCUGAGAAGAAAUUGUUUCAAAGGAAGACCAAGCCUAUGUCCUAUUACUUGGAUAUGACCCUUCUCGGAAAUUAUUGGAAGUGUUUUGGGAACGAGAAUCGCCUGUAUCAUCACACCAUAAGCGCUACGCUUAUUUAUGGUCUUCGCGAAGCGUUGGCGGAAAUCGCUGACGAGGGCCUGCAAGCAUCUUGGAUCAGACACGCUGGCGCAGCUGCCAGAUUAAGAAAGGGUCUUGAAUUACGGCGUCUUCGAUCUUAUGUGAAAAUUCCACAGUAUCAAUUAUCUACGGUUAUCUCGAUAGAACUGCCACCUGGCGUCGAUGAUAGGAUCAUUGUACAACGUUGCAUGCAAAAGUACAAAGUGGAAAUCAGCAGAGGUUUAGGACCGACUGAAGGGAAAAUUUUGCGAAUUGGAUUGCUAGGGAUUAAUGCUACGCCUAACAAGGUCGACCUUAUUUUGCGUGCUCUAGAUGAUGCUUUGAGAUACGUGUCACAGUCGAAGCUAUAGAACAUAAUAAAGAAAAGUUGCUAUUA